UUACCGCAAAGUGAUAAGAAUUUAGAAUGCAAGAUGAUGCAAGAUGUUCUACCAAUGAAAAAUGAGACACAUUAUUAAAUUUCCCUUACGUACUCACAAACAAACCAGCGCCUUAUAUAGUGAAGUGUAACAUUAGCAACCUUAUACGACGAAUUGAUUGCAAUAUUAAGUGCAUUUUCAAAGAGGUUACAUGUAGUAUUAUUAAAAUGACUUUUCCUGAUGAAAAUGGGUUUUCCACCGGUCGACCAGCACGUGGAAAUCAAGCAGGUGGAGUAACGAUAAAACAGGCAUUUGAUGAUGGGGGUAUCAAAGCGGGAGCUGCGCGUGCGGUGCGCUUAGCCUAUGGCGUGCUCUCUCGGCGAAAAGCGGCCGAAGAGGGUGUAGCCAGGCUCGCUCGAGUGCUGUCUGCCCUCGACCUGACCGCGCUGGGCGUGGGCAGCACGCUGGGCGUGGGCGUCUACGUACUGGCCGGUGACGUGGCGAAGAAUUACGCUGGGCCGGCGGUUGUGCUGUCAUUCUUGCUGGCGGCUGUAGCUAGCGUGUUUGCUGGUCUAUGUUAUGCUGAGUUCGGGGCUCGCGUGCCCAAAGCGGGCUCGGCUUACGUGUACAGUUACGUGUGUGUUGGCGAGUUCAUCGCCUUCAUUAUAGGGUGGAACCUUAUACUCGAAUAUAUUAUAGGUGCAGCAUCAGUAACAAAAGCGCUAAGUGAAUACCUAGACUCGUUGCUAGGUAAAGCUAUCUCUAGCCACCUGUACCAGUGGAUGCCAAUGGAUUCACCACACUUGGCCAAGUACCCCGAUAUCUUCGCAUUUACCGUCAUUAUGGUGUUUUCUGUUGCGCUCGCGUUUGGCGUGAAGGAGUCGACGAAAUUCAACAACUUCUGCACUGGUGUCAAUCUGUGUGUGGUACUUUUUGUCAUCAUAUCUGGCUCUUUUAAAGCGGACACAAAGAACUGGCGCAUCCCCGCUUCGGAAGUACCCAAAUCGGAGACGAAAGACUUUGGCAGCGGGGGCUUCGCCCCGUACGGGCUUGCGGGUAUCAUUCGUGGGGCUGCGAUUUGCUUUUAUGGUUUUAUCGGCUUCGACUGCGUGGCGACGGCCGGCGAGGAGGCGCGGCGGCCGCAGAAGAGCAUCCCGUUCGCGGUGGUGGCGUCGCUGCUCAUCGUGUUCCUGGCCUACUGCGGCGUCUCCUCCGUGCUCACGCUCAUGAUGCCCUACUACAUGCAGGACGAGAAGGCGCCGUUCCCGUUCGUGUACGACCAGCUGGGCUGGAGCUGGGCCAAGUACGCCGUCAGCGUGGGCGCCAUUUGUGCUCUGUGCUCCAGUCUGCUGGGCGCGGUGUUCCCCCUCCCGCGGAUCAUAUACGCGAUGUCGUCGGACGGGCUGCUGUUCCAGUUCAUGGGCCGCGUCAGCGAGAAGUAUCACACGCCGCUCGUCGGCACCAUGGUCGCCGGCCUCUUUACUGGUACGCUAGCAAUGAUAUUCGAGCUGGAACAACUCAUCCACAUGAUGUCCAUCGGCACGCUCCUGGCCUACUCCAUGGUGGCUUCCUGCGUGUUACUGCUCAGAUACGAGCGCAGCCAAAGCGUCCACCGCGCCCCGGAAGCCCUGAACCUGAGUGCCGCCGCGUGGUGUCGGCAGCUGCUCAACCUGGACCGGCUCACCACGCCCAACAGGCUCAGCUCCGCGCUGGUGGCCGUGCUUGUCACGCUCUAUGGCGUGUGGUGCUUCAUCAUGAUGGGCAGCAUCAAGUCGCACGGCGAGGCGAUCCUGCGCGGCGAGCUGGCGCCGGCGGCGGCGGCGGCGGCGGCCGCGCUGCUCGUGCUGGCCACGCUCUACGCGAUCUCGCGCCAGCCCGUCUCCGAGAAGAAGCUGGCCUUCUCGGUCCCGCUGGUGCCGUGGUUGCCCGGGCUCAGCAUACUCAUUAACGUGUACCUGAUGUUGAAUCUCGACUACAUGACGUGGAUUCGGUUCGCGGUCUGGAUAGCUGCUGGUCUCCUGAUAUACAUAACGUACGGCGCGUGGCACAGUUCCGAACGGCGGCGGAAUCACGACGCCGUGCAGCUCGCCGACCUGCACAACGACAGCCAGACGGCGCUGCUGCAGCACAACACGCUGACCCACGCGCUCGGCUGACAGCCGGCGCUGACCCAGCCGGGCGCGGACCUGGUCAGCCCGAGUAGCACGGUUGUCUCCUUCGUAUCUAGUAUCUAGUUGACUGAAUGACAGCAAAUGCUGAGACUAUAAUAUGUGACGAUAAUGGAUGAAUUUGAAAAUGUACGUGUAACUCGUUACAGAAAUGGAUAGAUUGUUUUUCACAUGCAAUGCAAUUAUACUCGAAUAUGUAGGAAAAGACAGUUUACAAAUUUAAAUUGUCUAAUAUAAGUUUAAUACACGAUUGACAAUCGAUUUUCGUCGAAAAAGAUUACAUUGUGUAUUUAUUUUGUACAAAUUUAUUUUGCAUUUUAAUCUAUUUUUUGUAUUGUAUUGCAACACUGCCAAAUUGCAUCGAAGCAUUAUAAAAUUCCAUAAUGAUCGGUUGUUGUUACCACUUUUUUACAAUUCAAUGAAAAAAUAACUAAACGGUAAAUGAAAUGUAAAUAAGGUUGAAUUUAAUUUGACUUUAUCAUACAAAACACUUAUUAAAAACAUAUGAAACCUUUUUUAUUAUACAGUGCCACCAAUAUAUCUCUGAUAAAAAAGGGUGUCGUCGCCGUCACUUUAGUGUUACCUUUAGAAUAAUAAACCGGGCAUCGAUAUUAAUAGAUUUCGCCAUAUUGAACAUAAAAAGAAAAAUUUUAAAGGUAGCAAUAAAACACAGAACCCUCGAAGAAGUCAAUAAUGAAAAUUCAACUGCUUUAGUUAACGUUUUCGCCAUUUCAAAGAUAAAUUGAUGUCACUGUAGAUGAAUAAAACAAACACACAAACAACAACUAAAUGUUUAGGCGACUCGUUGAAUCUCUUCUGUUCCUUAAUUACCAAAGUAUUCAAAUAUCUGAUGUAUUACCAAAGUACUUAACAUUAUUCUCUACUAACUGCCAAUAUAUUAAAUUUCAUUUAACACGACUAGAAAUAGAUUUUAAUGUAGGCUUUAUACCUCAGUUAUAAGGUGUAGUUUCCCAUGUCACAUUUGUUUGCUUUAUAUACCAUUUUAUAUAUUAUUUAUAAUAUGUGAGUCCUUAAUUAAAAAUGGGAGUGAAAACAUUGUGAAAGCUGACAUAACUACUAUUAGAAAAAAAUUGUUUAUUUUUCAAAACUUUAGCUGUAGAGGACUUUUAGAAAAAGUUAUAUAUUAGUACAAUUUAUAUAUUUAUAAAAUAAUCUUAAGUGUAAUAUCAAUAUUAAUGAGUGUAAAGGUUUGUAAAAUGUAAGGGCAAGGAAUUUUUAACAUAAAAUAUAGAUCUGAGAGGAAGCAAAAACCAUUUUUAACCGCAGACUCCAUUGUCUUAGAUACAAUUAUUUCGGACAAUAGUAAGAAAGGGCUUAUUAUAAAUUGCUAUUUAUUAAUGCCACAA